UAUUGUCAUUAAAUCCUUUGACAAGUCCCUAAAUCUAAUAAGUAAAUUUUAAAUAUAAAAAAAAAAUGAAAAAAUUCUGAGAUACUCUCCUUUUUAGGAUCUAUCUUUUAAGGCAGAAACUAAACAUUUUUAAAUUUGCUUAGGGACUCCCGCUAUGCAAAAAAAGCCGGAACAGCGUCUUGUUUGAAACUAAAAAAUCUCUGCCGAAGGACAUAAUUUCAUCAUAUCUAACGACUUUAGUUGGCCCAAAGUUUUACAAAAGAUCCGAAAACCAUGGAAUUAUGGAAUGCUCCAGCCAUAAAGCGGCUCCGGAACAUGAUUGAGUUCAAGUUAUUCCUUUUAGAACCGAAAACGGCAAUAGUCGGUUUCUUCGAAAAGGGGAGUGCCUUGGAGUCGGUCUUCAUGCUCUUUGGCUGCAUGUACUCUAAGAAAUUUCACUUUGGUUGUACAACAACACCCGCUAUCAUGAAUCAACUGGAUGAAAAUAAUAGUAUCAUCAUCCACCGCGCUCCUCAUUUGCAAAACAUAUACGAGCCUUCCAUCGUGAAAUUUGAGGGCAGUUCCUUUGACGAGUUGAAAGAGUUCGUCCAGAAUAACUAUCACGGCUUGGUGGGACACAGGACACCAGAACUAGCUCGGGAUUUCAAAGCCCAACUUAUUGUGGUGUACUUUGAUGUGGACUUCGACAGAAAUUUCGCUGAAACUUCGUGUUUACGUAAUGAAGUUUUAAAAGUGGCGAAGGAAUUCGCUGAAAAAGUCCACUUUGCAGUUAGCGCCAAAAGUGAUUUUGAAAAUGAAAUCAACCAAUUGGGUUACGCCAGCACCGAAAAGGAGGCCCUUGUCGUUGCUUACGAUCCUAGCAACCAGAAGUUCAUCAUGAGAAAACCAUUCUGUGCUAAGAACCUCCACAGUUUUGUAGCAAAACUAGAGGCGGCGAAACUGGAACCCUUUCGAAUACCAAGGUCAGUUCCAUCUCCUAGUAGUGUACUAGUGAAAGACGUAGUUGCUGCGAACUUCAAACGGGUGAUUGUUGACAAUGCGGUAGAUACUCUCGUUACACUCUAUGAUCCUUUAUGUGGCGAGUGUAAGGGGCUGACUUCGGUCCUUGAGGAAGUUGCCCAAAAACUAAGUAACGAGGCAGUUUCUUUUGCAAGAAUAGAUGUGACCUCAAAGAAUGUGCCACCAGGGCUUGAAAUUGAUAGAUGUCCUACCAUUUUUUUGCUUCCAAAAAAUGAUAAAUGGAAUGGAUUACCAUAUGAUGGUCUUGUCAAUGCCGUGGAUAUAAUAAAGUUCGUUGCCAAAGAAACUACGGACGAGCUAAAAAAUUAUGAUCGUCAAGGGAUUAAGAAAGUCUUAGGGGAGUCGGGAACUCCAAAUGAACGUCCUAACAAGCAUCGAAAGCAUAGUUCAAAAAGCAAAAAAAAGUAAACCUUCAAAAGCCUGAGAAAUGAUAUUGACUUAUGACUCUGGGCAGAGCUUUUGUAAAUGCCAAUAAACAGGACGCACAAAUAUUACGAUAAGCAUAGCGGAUCUAGGAUUUAAUUCUGGCAUGAAUAAGCAUAAUAUUUUUACUAUUUUAUGUUCUUUUAUGAAGAAAUAGAGUGAAUUUUUAGCCUUA